AUGUUUAGUGUGCAUGAAAACGACCUGCAAUCCUCGGAUUUAGGGAAGCAAACAAUUAAGGAAGCUUUUCCAGAUGGUUUACCAAUAGGAGAGCCACCUCAGUUGCUCACUUCAUCUGGUGCUAGCUGGGAUUUCCAAUUGAAUGAUGAUUUACGAACAAUUCUUGCAAGAGAAGUUCCUGACCAUUACGAACAUUACUGUGAAAAUCAAUGGGACAAAGUUCAUAUGCCAACCUAUUUAUUUCUAGCUGGAGCUGGUAGUGGCAAAUCGCGAAACGCGAAUGAGUUUCAUACAUCUGUUUUGAAUUCAUUAUCACAAGAACAUACAGAACUAAGAACAAAGAUAGCUAAUGCUUGGAUUUUUUGUGUCAGCCUUGAAAAUGGUUGGUCAUUGAUAACUGGUGAGAAAGGAUCCACUGCUAUUGGUACUAGGAUGCUUUGUCAAUGUCUGGCUCAAAGUUUGGAAGCUAUAAUUACCAAUUAUGAGGCACCCUAUCCAUAUGAUGUUUUUGAAUUAGUUGCUAAACAUUAUAAGAAAAAAUUAGAAGACUGCACUAUUUUUCUGGUAGUGGAUGGCUUACACCAAUUAAUGUCUGAACAAGCAAAUGGAACAGACAAAAACAGUGAUUUUUACCGGACACUAACAAAUAUAGGGGAUCUUGCAAUGAGAGGAGUUUUCUGUCUUCCAUGCAUCACAGCAACCUCAAGGGCAGUAUUUUCUGAAGAUGACACUCUUGUAAAAAUUCUCAUUAGUGAUUGUGGUGGCAAUGCUAGAGCAAUGGAAGCACUUAAAGAUACAAUUGGUGAUUCAAAUAUCACAAAUAUGAAUCCUAGUUUCUGUGAUGCAAUUUAA